ACACUCCACCAGUGCUUGGCUGGACUGAGGUGAAGGAGCACGCUUGUCAGAAUGGCCGCCCCGCAGACCGACUUGGAGAAAAGGAAGCAGAUCUCUGUCAGGGGGAUUGCUCAAGUUGAGAAUGUAGGAAACGUAAAGAAAACCUUCAACCGGCAUCUCCAUUACACGUUGGUAAAGGAUAGGAACGUGGCAACUCCGCGAGAUUACUAUUUCGCUCUCGCUCACACAAUCAGGGAUCACCUCACCUCGAGAUGGAUCAGAACUCAACAACACUACUACGAGAAAGAUCCCAAGCGUGUGUACUACCUCUCCCUGGAGUACUACAUGGGCCGCUCACUGACCAACACUAUGAUCAACUUGGGCAUUCAGUCGGCCUGUGAUGAAGCUCUCUAUCAACUUGGAUUGGAUAUCGAGGAACUUGAAUCUCUGGAGGAGGAUGCUGGUUUGGGUAAUGGUGGCCUCGGGCGGUUGGCGGCGUGCUUCCUGGACUCUAUGGCUACCUUGGGUAUGGCAGCCUACGGUUAUGGCAUCCGUUACGAAUACGGCAUCUUUGCUCAGAAGAUCCGAAAUGGAGAGCAGGUUGAGGAGCCUGAUGACUGGCUGCGCUUUGGCAACCCAUGGGAGAAGGCACGACCAGAGUACAUGAUUCCUGUUAACUUCUAUGGACGCGUAGAGGACACACCCCAGGGCAAGAAGUGGGUUGACACUCAGAUUGUGUUUGCUAUGCCUUAUGAUAACCCUAUUCCGGGCUACAAGAACAAUGUUGUGAAUACCAUGAGGCUGUGGUCUGCCAAGUCCCCCAAUAACUUCAAUCUGAAGUUCUUCAAUGAUGGUGACUACAUCCAGGCUGUCCUUGACCGUAACUUUGCUGAGAACAUCUCGCGCGUCUUGUACCCCAAUGACAAUUUCUUUGAGGGUAAAGAACUUCGCUUGAAGCAGGAAUAUUUCAUGGUUGCCGCCACUCUUCAGGAUAUCAUUAGACGCUUCAAGGCCUCCAAGUUCGGCUCAAAAGACCAUGUUCGCACGGAUUUCGACACAUUCCCUGAUAAGGUAGCACUCCAGCUGAACGACACUCAUCCUUCCCUGGCCAUUCCUGAACUGAUGCGCAUCUUGGUUGACAUUGAAGGUCUCCCAUGGGCUAAGGCAUGGGACAUUUGUGUGAAGACCUGUGCAUACACCAAUCACACUGUGUUGCCUGAAGCCCUGGAGCGCUGGCCCACAAGCAUGCUGGAACACAUUCUUCCAAGGCAUCUCCAGAUUAUCUACGAGAUCAACCAUUUCCAUCUGCAGGAGGUCUCAAAGAGGUGGCCUGGAGAUUUGGAUCGUGUGAGGCGCAUGUCCCUGGUGGAAGAGCAUGGUGAAAAGAGAAUUAACAUGGCUCAUCUCUGCAUUGUGGGCGCUCAUGCUGUGAAUGGUGUUGCUGCCAUUCACUCUGAGAUCAUCAAGCGAGACAUCUUCAAAGACUUUGCGGAAAUGAAUCCUGAGAAAUUCCAGAACAAGACCAAUGGCAUCACUCCUCGCCGUUGGCUCUUGCUUUGCAAUCCAGCUCUUGCUGAUGUUAUUGCAGAGAAGAUUGGGGAAGAAUGGGUUGUGCAUCUUGAUCAGCUCACUAAGCUGAAGCCUCUUGCUAAGGAUGCUGGUUUCAUCCGUGCUGUGCAAACAGCAAAGCAAGAAAACAAACUGCGUCUCGCUAAACAGCUAGAGCAGGACUAUGGUGUUAAGGUGAAUCCCUCCUCCAUGUUUGAUAUUCAGGUUAAGCGUAUUCACGAGUAUAAGCGUCAGUUGCUUAACUGUCUCCACAUUAUUACUAUGUACAACCGCAUCAAGGCUAACCCAGGAGCUCCAUUUGUACCUCGCACAGUUAUGAUUGGUGGUAAAGCUGCCCCUGGCUACCACACAGCUAAGCAGAUAAUCCGUCUCAUUUGUGCUGUUGCUCGUGUAGUAAACAAUGACCCUAUUGUUGGGGAUAAACUGAAGGUUGUGUAUCUGGAGAACUACCGAGUUACAUUGGCUGAACAAAUCAUCCCAGCUGCCGAUCUCUCGGAACAGAUCUCUACAGCUGGAACUGAAGCUUCUGGUACUGGCAAUAUGAAGUUCAUGCUUAAUGGUGCACUUACAAUUGGCACUCUUGAUGGUGCAAAUAUUGAGAUGAUGGAAGAGAUGGGCAAGGAGAACAUCUUCAUCUUUGGCAUGACUGUUGAGGAAGUAGAGGAGCUCAAGCGUCGUGGUUACAAUGCUCAUGAUUAUUACAAUCGCAUCCCAGAGUUGCGCCAGUGCAUUGAUCAGAUCAGCAGUGGAUUCUUCUCCCCUAGCAAUCCAGACCAAUUCAAGGACUUGGUCAACAUCCUCAUGUAUCAUGAUCGCUUCUACCUGUUCGCUGACUUUGAAUCUUACAUCAAAUGCCAAGAUUCUGUCAACAUGCUGUACCAGAAGCCAAAUGAAUGGACCAGCAAGGCGAUCAUGAACAUUGCCUCCUCCGGCAAGUUCUCCAGUGACAGAACCAUUGCACAGUAUGGCCGAGAAAUCUGGGGGGUUGAGCCCUCAUGGGAGAAGUUGCCUGCUCCCCACGAGCCACGUGAUACAGAUAUUACCAGAGAAGAAGCCAAGUAAACCGGAUUCUGCCAGGUUUGUCAAGUCUUCUGGUUGUAUAGAGUUUGCCUGUGGGAUACAAUAUGUGAUAGAAAGAUAGUUUGUUGGGUAUGAACCAGUGCUUUGAGGGGUCUCCUUCCGAAGGGAGAUCUACAGUCAGUGUUGGAUGAUCUUUCUCUUGCAUUCUUAGUCCUCCUAAUAAUGUGUACAUUUUUGAUAUUGCUUGUGGUAAAGUGAAGAUUGUAAUCCAAUAUCUAUUCUCGAAAUUGUUAGGCAUAAAAGUAAUGUUGAUAUAUAUAUGAAUAUAUACAGUAUUAUACACAUUAAGUGAUAUCAUGCCAAUUGCCACCUAGUCAUGAAAAAAACCUAACCCUCUUUUGUGCCAGCUUAAUUUUUUUUGUCAGGAUUAUGAAAAAAAAAAAGCAAUCUCAUUCUUUCUCUUCAAAAGUCAUAAGCAAAAAUCAAACUUUAAUAAAAGGUAAUGUGUUUAGAUUUGAGUUGUAGUUUAUUUAAAAUUCUAAAAGAUAGAUAAUUACUAUAUUUUAUAAAUAUAUGGACUUAUCUCUAAUGACAUGCUUGUUAUGAGGUACUGUGCAGUUUUAUAUUUAAUUUUAUGUCUGCACUGCAGAAUAAAGUUGGGUCUCAAAA